GCGCAGUCGCGACCCGGGCAGCACGGCGGCUGGCGCUCGGCGGCGGCGGGCUGCGGCCGGGGAUGCUCCAGCGGGCGCGAUGGCCCCCGCCAUGCAGCCGGCCGAGAUCCAGUUCGCUCAGCGGCUGGCGUCCCACGAGAAGGGCAUCCGGGACCGGGCGGUGAAGAAGCUGCGCCAGUAUAUCAGCGUGAAGACGCAGAGGGAGACAGGAGGUUUCAGCCAAGAAGAACUUCUAAAAAUAUGGAAAGGGCUCUUCUAUUGCAUGUGGGUGCAGAAUGAACCCCUUCUACAGGAGGAGCUAGCGAACACUAUUUCCCAACUCAUCCAUGUUGUUAACAACUCAGAGGCUCAGCACCUGUUCAUCCAGACCUUCUGGCAAACCGUGAACCGGGAGUGGCCAGACAUCGACGGGCUGCGCCUGGACAAGUACCACAUGCUGAUCCGUCUGGUCCUGAGGCAGUCCUUUGAAGUUCUGAAGCGAAACGGCUGGGAAGAAAGCCGAAUCAAGCUUUUCCUGGACGUCUUGAUGAAGGAGAUCCUACAUCCUGAGAGUCAGUCUCCGAACGGAGUGAAAUUCCACUUCAUUGAUAUUUACCUGGGUGAACUGUCCAAGGUGGGAGGGAAAGAGCUGCUGGCCGAUCAGAACCUCAAGUUUAUUGACCCAUUCUGCAAGGUGGCCGCCAAGACUAAGGACCAGACUCUGGUACAGACUAUAGCUAGGGGUGUUUUUGAAGUCAUUGUAGAUCAGUCUCCUUUUGUACCUGAAGAGUCGGUCGAGGAACAGAAAACCAAAGUGGGUGACAGUGACCUCUCUGAGGAAGAGACGUCUGGAAAUGAGAUGACGUGGAGAAAAGCAAUCAGUAGAAAGAAAACAGCACUGGGCAGAUAUCACUCCGGAAAAGAGGGAGUCAGUGAGGAAGACGGGCGGGAUGGCGGCGGAAGCGUGGAGGACGCCGGGCUGCUUCUCCAGUUUGACUACAAGGCAGUUGCUGACCGACUCCUGGAAAUAACCAACAGGAAAAACAUCCCUCCCUUCAACAGGAAACGUCUCUCCAAGCUAAUCAAAAAAUUCCGAGAUCUCUCUGAAGCAGGCAGUAUCUCUCACCUCAGUUUUGCGGAGGACGCUUCUGCUGAUGAAGAUGACCAAACCCUCAGUCAAGGGAGGCAUAAGAAGAAAGGGAACAGACUUCUGGAGACGGACGUGGAGAGAGAGAAGGGAACCAAGGUCUCUCCUGCCGAGGAAGAGGAGAGCGCAGGCAGUGUUCCAAAGAGAAAAAGGAAAAAGAAGAAGAAGAACCACCUCCGGCCUGAACACUUAGGGCCCGGUGGUGAGGCCAUGUGCCCGGAGCGGAAUGGCAGCCCGGAGCCGGAGGCCGGUCCCGGAAGAGCCCGGGAGGCGAGUGCGGCUGAGCUGGGGACGGUGGCCUCGCCCGGCCCCCGGGAGCGGAGCGGCUCGGAGCCUGCCUCCGUGCACAGCAGGAGGAAACGACUGAGGAAGAGGAGCCUGAGGGUCCAGGUGGAGAGCCCGGAGGGAGCGGACCCGGAGGGAGCGGACCCGGCUGGCGGCGCCCCAGUCCUGAAGAGGAGGCGGGAGCUCGGGGCCCUCCUGGUCAAUGGCAGCGGCCCGCCCACGCUGGCCUGGCCCCUGCCCAAGAGGGAGGGCCCUCCAGCGAGCCCAGCAGACAGAGGGGACUGCCCUGGCAUCCUGCCCCAGGGCGGGAAACUGAAGAAAAGGAGGGGGGAGCCCGGCGGCCUUGACCUCUACGACCCGUCUGCUCAGAAAGCUGCCAUUUUGAAAAAGAGGAAGAAAAUGAAAGAGAUGUCAAAGUUGGCGGAGCACAGAGGGGUCAAGCUCGUCCAGGCUGUGGGGAUCAGUGGGGCACUCAGCCCUUUGAAAAAGCAGCUGAGGACCCAGAAGGACUUCGUGAAGUUUGACGCCUCCUCCUCCCCGAAGCCCCUGUUCUUCAGGAAGGCCAAGGGCAGCGGGGCCGCCACCUCGCCAGGCCCCGGGCUGCAGCCACACAGGACGCCGUCCAGCUCCAAGAAGGUGACGUUUGGGCUGAACAGGAACACGACGGCGGAAUUCAAGAAGACGGACAAGAGCAUCUUGGUCAGUCCCACGGGCCCCUCCCGGGUGGCCUUCAACCCUGAGCAGAGACCCCUCCACGGAGUGCUGAAGACCCCCAGCAGUUCGCCGGCCAGCGCGCCUCUGGGGACCAAGAAGCCGCUGACCGGCGCGCCGAAGAGGAGGCCGACGGCCGUAGACUUCUUCUAGGGUAG